AAAUCCAUCCAGGUCUAGGAAGACAUGAGAUUAAUCUACGUCUAAAAAUGUUUUAUCAAUUGAAAUUGAGUUCUGUAUUGGUACUCUUUAUGAGAUUAUGUUUGGAGUCUCAUGCUGCGUCAGACAUUUGCAGCAUAUGCAAAUGUCAAUAUUCUAAGACAGAUAUAGAUUGCUCAUCUCGGGGACUGACGUCGGUCCCACAACCCAUUCCACCGAAUGUUGAAUCUUUAAACUUGAAUUUUAAUAAUAUCAAGGAAAUCCAAUCAGUCACCUUCAAAAAUCUGUCAAGUUUAAUAACUCUAUAUUUGGAUAAUAAUAAUAUCGUAAAACUUGAAGCAGCUGCUUUCCGUGAUCUUCCCAGUUUGAUAACACUAUUUUUGAAUGAUAAUGAUAUCAGAACAAUUGAAGUAGGGGCCAUCCAAGAUCUGUCCAGGUUGACAACACUAUAUUUGCAUAAUAAUAAUAUCGGAAAACUUGUAGCAAAAGCCCUCCAUAACCUGCCAAGUAUGAGCACACUAUAUUUGCACAAUAAUAAUAUCGAAAAAGUUGAAGUAAGAGCCUUCGGUGACGUGCCCAAUUUAAGUAAACUAUACUUGAGUCAUAAUAAUAUCAAGGAAAUCCAAUCAGACACCUUCCAAAAUCUGUCCAGUUUAACAGAUCUAUACUUGAGUCAUAAUAAUAUCAAGGAAAUCCAAUCAGACACCUUCCAAAAUCUAUCCAGUUUAACAGAUCUAUAUUUGCAAAAUAAUAAUAUCGAAAAAAUUGAAGUAAGGGCUUUCCAUGACCUGCCCAGUUUAAAAUUUCUAUCUUUGAGUUCUAAUGAUAUCACAGAAAUCAAAGCAGACACCUUCCAAAAUCUGUCCAGUUUAACAAACCUAGAUUUACGUUCUAAUAAUAUGAAGGAAAUCAAAGCAGACACGUUCCGAAAUCUGCCCAGUUUAACAAAUCUAUAUUUGCAAAAUAAUAAUAUCGAAAAAAUUGAAGUAAGGGCUUUCCAUGACCUGCCCAGUUUAAAAUUUCUAAACUUGACUCUUAAUGAUAUGAAGGAAAUCAAAGCAGACGUCUUCCGAAAUCUUCCCAAAUUAACAAAGCUAGAUUUGCAAAAUAAUAAUAUCGAAAACAUUGGAGUAAGAGCUUUCCAUGACCUGCCCAGUUUAAGCAGUCUGAAUUUAAGUUCAAAUGAUAUGAUAGCAAUCAAAGCCGACAUCUUCCGAAAUCUGUCCAGUUUAACAACUCUAUACUUGCCAUUUAAUGAUAUGAACGAAAUCAAAGCAGAUACUUUCCGAAAUCUGUCCAGUUUAACAAAUCUAUAUUUGCAAAAUAACAAUAUUGAAAAAAUUGACGUAAGAGCUUUGCAUAAUCUGCCCAGUUUAAGUUCUCUGAAUUUAAGUUCAAAUGACAUGUGGGCUAUCGAGGCCGACAUCUUCCGAGGUCUGUCCAGUUUAGCAACUCUAUACUUGACUUAUAAUGAUAUGAAGGAAAUCAAAGCAGACACGUUCCGAAAUCUGCCCAGUUUAACAAAUCUACAUUUGCAAAGUAAUAAUAUCGAAAUCAUUGAAGAAAGAGCCUUUGAUGUCCUGCCCAGUUUAGGAUAUCUGGAUUUAAGUUCAAAUUAUAUGAAAGAAAUCAAAGCCGACAUCUUCCAAAAUCUGUCCAGUUUAACAACAUUAUACUUGAAUUAUAAUGACAUGAAGGAAAUCAAAGCAGACACGUUCCGAAAUCUGCCCAGUUUAACAAAUCUAUAUUUGAAAAAUAAUAAUAUCGAAAAAAUUGAAAUAGAAGCUUUCCGAGACCUGCCCCGUUUAAGUUCUUUGGAUUUAAGUUCAAAUGAUAUGAAGGCAAUCAAAGCCGACAUCUUCCGAAAUCUUCCCAGUUUAACAAAUCUAUACUUGGCUUAUAAUGAUAUGACGGAAAUCAAAGCAGACACCUUCCGAUAUUUGUCCAGUUUAACAAAUUUAUAUUUGCAAAAUAAUAAUAUCGAACAAAUUGAAAUUCGAGCUUUCAAUGACCUGCGCAGUUUAAUAUCUCUGGAUUUAAGUUCAAAUGAUAUGAAGGCAAUCAAAGCCGACAUCUUCCGAAAUCUUCCCAGUUUAACAAAUCUAUAUUUGACAUUUAAUGAUAUGAAGGAAAUCAAAGCAGACACCUUCCAAAAUCUGCCCAGUUUAACAAACAUAUUUUUGCAAAAUAGUAAUAUCGAAAAAAUUGAAGUAAGAGCGUUUCAUGAUCUGCCCAGUUUAAGAACUCUGGAUUUAAGUUCAAAUGAUAUUAAAGCAAUCGAAGCCGACACCUUCCGAGAUCUGUACAAGUUAAAAACACUAUAUUUAACCUUUAAUAAUAUGACGGAAAUCAAAGCAGGCGCCUUCCGAAAUCUGACCAGUUUAACACAUCUAUACUUGUAUUCAAAUGGUAUCCAGGCAAUCACAGCGGACACCUUCGGAAAUCUGUCCAGUUUAAAAUAUCUGUAAGUCGAAUCAUUAAUU